GUUUUGAUUUAGUGUUGACUUUUUGUCAAUUAUUUAUAUCCUCACCUAUAUCCAACUUUUGAUACACAUCACCAAAAUUGGUAUAUCUCAUUGUACUACUACAUAGAUGAAGUUCUCACAUUCUUUACAGUUUAAUGCUGUACCUGAAUGGUCUUCAAAAUAUAUUGCUUACACAACAUUAAAAAAGUUAAUUUAUUCCUUACAAAGAGAUAAUUUAAGACGUCACCAUCAACGUAAUCGCUCAGGUUCAGGUGCUGGUGUACCCCCUGAUCUUGAAUUAGGAGAAAUAGAAGAAUUAAUAUCUUCAACUAAUUAUUCAUCAACUGGUAAUUUGGAUGAUGAUUAUCUGCCUUCAAAAGUGUUUAUAACGGCUCUAGAUUCAGAAUUAAAAAAGAUUGAUGAUUUUUAUCAAAUACAAGAAUCAUUUAUUUUUAAGAGUGUCGAUGAAAUAAUCGUUGAUAUUGAAAACUUUGAACGAGAAGUUGAUUCAACUGCUGCGUAUGGCUUAAAAUCAUCAAAUGAUUUAAAAUCAAAUAUUCGUCGUUCGCGUACUUUGUCUGAUGUUUCUGAUGUUAACUAUAUUAAUGCUACUGAUCCAGACACUGAAUUCACUCAACCCGAAGACUACGAUGAUGACGAAGAGGAUGAUGAAGAUCCUCAAGCUUUGACCAGUUAUUCUGGAAAUAACAGUAAACAUCAAAGAAAAAAUUCUGCAACAAAAUUAACUAGAUCAACUUCAAAUCCUUUAGUUCAAAUUAAAUCCAUUGAUGACUAUCUCAAAUCUCCAAAAUCUCAAAUUUGGAAUAAUCUCAAUGAUUCUCUUACGUCUAAUUUACCCCCUCAAUUAGUUUUAUUAUCUGAAUCAAGAAUCUUAUUAAGAAAAAGAAUUAUUGGCUUAUAUACUACUAUGUCAGAAUUAAAAUCAUAUAUUGAAUUAAAUCAAACUGGAUUUAAGAAAGCUCUAAAAAAAUUCGAUAAAUCUUUAAAUACAAAUAUUAAGGAUGAUUAUCUUGAAAGUUUACCAUCAAAAUCUUAUAUUUUCCAAGUAACAACAAUUCAAAAGGUUGAAGAUCGUUUGCAAUCACUUAUAAAGUUAUAUGCUUUGAUUUGUAAUCAUGGAGAUGAUUUAGAAUUAGCUAAAUCAGAAUUAUCUAUCCAUUUAAGAGAACAUGUCGUCUGGGAAAGAAAUACUGUGUGGAGAGAUAUGAUUGGUUUAGAAAGAAAAACCUAUGCCGCCAAUACUAAAACUGGUGAUGGAAAUGAGAAGAAUGGUGAUGUUAAUUUGAAAAAUAAUCAAUUAUUAAAGAAUUUCAAUCUUUCAUUAACCAAUCCUAUCGUGUUGAAAUUAUUGUUAAUUACUACUGUCACUGUAAUUUUAUUGAAUUUCUCGCCUUUUGAUGAUGAAGCCCAACAACAUUGUUUUGCAUUAUUAAUUUGUGCUUCAUUAUUAUGGGCCACAGAAGCCAUUCCAUUAUUUGUAACUUCUUUACUUAUCCCACUUUUGAUUGUUAGUUUACAUGUUUUGAAAAAUGAUGAUGGUUCAUUAAUGGAUUCAGUAGAUUCUUCAAAAUAUAUCUUAUCAACUAUGUGGAAUUCAGUUAUCUUAUUGUUAUUGGGUGGGUUCACUUUAGCUGCUGCACUUUCAAAGUAUCACAUUGCGAAAUUAAUCUCAACUUGGAUCUUAUCUAAAGCGGGUACAAAUCCAUCUAUUGUAUUAUUAACCAUCAUGGGAGUGGCAUUAUUUGCGUCAAUGUGGGUUUCAAAUGUUGCAGCUCCAGUGUUAUGUUUCUCGUUAAUUCAACCUUUAUUAAGAACAUUACCAAAGGGUUCAAAGUUUAUAAAUGCAUUGAUUUUAGGUAUUGCCUUAGCAUCUAACAUUGGUGGUAUGGCAUCUCCAAUCGCUUCUCCUCAAAAUAUGAUUGCUAUUGGUGCAAUGGAUCCUCAACCUAGCUGGGGUCAAUGGUUUGUAAUUGCCUUACCUGUUUGCUUAUUAUCAUUAAUACUUAUUUGGGUAUUUUUAUUAAUCACUUUCAACUGUAAUUCUAGAAACACACAUUUAGUAGCUAUUAGAAUGAUAGAUGAUAAAUUCACUGGAAUUCAAUGGUAUAUUAUUUUUGUAUCGACAUUCACCAUUUUCCUUUGGUGUAUUGCAUCUAGAUUAACAGGAAUUUUUGGUGAAAUGGGGAUCAUUGCGUUAUUACCUAUUAUUUUAUUCUUUGGUACUGGGUUAUUAACUACAGAAGAUUUUAAUAAUUAUCCUUGGAAUAUUGUAGUUUUAGCUAUGGGAGGUACUGCAUUAGGUAAAGCAGUAGCAUCAUCAGGUUUAUUAUCAACAAUUGCCGUUACAAUUCAACAUGAAGUUGAAGAUUUCUCAUUAUUUGGAGUUAGUUUAACCUUUGGAUUAUUAAUUUUAACUAUGGCUACAUUUGUUAGUCAUACAGUGGCUGCAUUAAUUAUUAUUCCAUUAGUUAGUGAAAUUGGUAAUAAUAUGGAAAAUCCUCAUCCAAGAUUAUUGAUUAUGAUUAGUGCAUUAUUAUGUUCCGCUGCUAUGGGUUUACCAACAUCGGGAUUUCCAAAUGUUACUGCCAUUUGUAUGACUGAUGAAUUUGGUAAACCAUAUUUAACUGUAGGAACUUUUAUUACUAGAGGUGUUCCAAGUUCUGUUAUUGCUUAUUCAAUUAUUGUUACUAUUGGUUAUGCUACUAUGAAAUUAAUUAAUUUUUAAGUUAAUUAAUUCUUAAUCAUUGAUGACUAAGAAUUUAAUAUCUUCCUUAUUUGAUACAUAUAAAUAUACAAUCUACGAUUGUAUUUCAUGAUACAUAGACAUAUAUACUAUUAAUAAUACAUAAUAUAAUACUCACACCCCCCGAUUUUAGUUUAAGAUCCG